ACGUGUCACCAAGCGACCAGGGAGGAUUCGCAAUUCGCAUUCACAUUCGCGUGUCGCAUGUCGCAGCUCAGGAGCUUAUUUCUUUAUCGCCUGACGAAUCUUGUUUUUUUCCUGCCGAACCGGUCUCCGUGCAUCGAGUAUUCGCCCCGAGUAACGAAAUAAGUCGAGAAGUGACUAAGUGAACCUCCCCCGCCAUUCACCGCGGCUGAAUCGUACGAACGAAUCACAUUCGACGUCGUUUCCACUUCCACUUGUUGCAAGCUGCACCGGCCGAGGGUUCAUCAUUCGUCUUGGAGCCGUUAACUGAGUACGGAGCACACCAGUCCUUCGUGCGUCAAUUUUAUUUUGCUGUAAAAAUGUCACCGAAAGGAAGCGAAUGCCAGGAUAUGGCCAAUGUACUCAGAAUUCACAGUAUCGAGAUGACAAACGCAUCGAAAUCUGGACAUCCAACUUCAUGUUCGUCUAUUGCUGAAGUCAUGGCCGUCCUAUUUUUUGAGGUGAUGAAGUACGAUAUAAAACAACCACUCCACAAGUCCAGCGACAGAUUCAUCCUCUCAAAAGGUCACGCUGCGCCAAUUUUGUAUGCAGCAUGGGCUGAGGCUGGACUCUUCCCAACAAAGGAUUUAUUGAACUUGCGUAAAAUUGACAGCGACUUGGAAGGUCACCCCACUCCAAGAUUGAACUUUAUUGAUGUUGGAACUGGUUCUUUAGGACAGGGUUUAUCAAUAGGAUGUGGCAUGGCUUACGUCGGAAAAUAUUACGACAAAGCUUCCUACAGAGUGUACGUUUUGGUCGGCGAUGGAGAAAGUGCAGAGGGAUCUAUCUGGGAAGCGUUGAACUUUGCGAGCAAGUACAAACUGGACAACCUCUGUGUCAUAAUUGAUGUGAAUAGGCUGGGCCAAUCAGAGGCUACAUCUUUAGAUCAUAAUGUCGACGUUUACUACAACAGGCUCAACGCUUUCGGAUUCAAUACUUACGUCGUAGACGGCCAUGAUACAGUCGAAUUGUCCAAGGCCUUUCAUGAAGCAGCCAACACCAAAGAUAAACCAAGUGCAUUAGUCGCUAAAACCUACAAGGGUAAGAACUUUCCAGGGAUUGAAGAUGAAGUGAAUUGGCAUGGAAAACCGUUGGGAGACAAAGCCGCCACUGUCAUUCCAUAUCUUAAAUCAUUGCUAAAAAACCCUGGCCCGACCAAAGUCACAGUGCAGCCUUUCAAAGACGAUGCGCCUGCAGUAGACCUGUCGAAAGUCCAUCUAAGCAAGCCUCCUUCGUACAAGCCUGAUGACAAAGUCGCCACUCGUCUGGCAUAUGGGAACGCAUUAAUAAAAUUGGCCAAGUCCAGCGACCGAGUGAUCGCUCUUGACGGCGACACCAAAAAUUCUACAUAUUCUGAAAAAAUUAAAAUGGUUAACCCUAAACAAUAUAUUGAAUGUUACAUCGCUGAACAAAAUUUGGUUGGAGUCGGGAUGGGAGCAGCUUGCAGGGACAGAACAAUCGCUUUCGUCUCAACUUUUGCCACUUUCUUUACAAGGGCUUUUGAUCAGAUUAGGAUGGGAGCGAUUUCCCAGUCGAAUUUGAACUUUGUCGGUUCGCAUUGUGGUGUAAGCAUCGGUGAGGAUGGUCCCAGCCAAAUGGGCUUGGAAGAUCUUGCACUCUUCAGAUCCAUUCCAGGGUCUACAGUUUUCUACCCGAGUGAUGCAGUAAGUUGUGAAAGAGCCGUAGAACUAGCUGCAAACACUAAGGGGAUCUGUUUCGUUCGAACCAGCAGACCGAACACUUCAGUUUUGUAUCCAAACGAUAAAACAUUCCAUAUUGGUAAAGCAAAUGUAGUCCGUCAGUCCAGCACAGACAAAGCGCUGAUUAUUGGUGCCGGAGUCACAUUACACGAGGGACUCAAAGCGUACGAUAUCCUCAAAUCAAAAGGCUACAAUGUUAGAGUGCUAGAUCCAUUCACAAUAAAACCGUUAGACUACAAGGCUAUUGAAGAAAAUGCUGCACAAUGUGGUGGUAAUGUCGUCGUCGUCGAAGACCACUAUCCAGAAGGUGGCAUUGGUGAAGCUGUUGCACGCUGCAUUAAUCAUAAAAACAUCACUAUUAAGUACUUGGCUGUCCGUGAAGUUCCCAGAUCUGGCCCUCCAGAUGUUCUUAUCGAGAAAUAUGGUAUUGGCGCAAAAGCAAUUGUUGAUGCUGUCCUUCAAUUUGUUGAUCUUUCUUAAAUUUUCUUAUAAUUAAUAAAAUCUAGUUAAACUAAUAA